UGCGCACGUGUCGACCUGGUGUCGUCUCCUGUCCCUCUCCCCAUAAACUCGUACAGAAGAAGACGUUGCGAGGCGGUGACGGGCAGCGCGCCAAGAUGAGUUUGAAUUCUCCCGUCGAUCCGCGCUUCCCGUCCCGUCGGAGACCCGGAGCGAGCCCCUUGUGCCGUGCGCUCGUCCGCGUUGCGAGAGAAGCGUGCGCCUGUUUGAGAAUGUCGGCCAGCGAUUUCUGACUCCAUCGGGCGACGGUCCCGUGUGCGUCAUUAUCACUUUUCUCCGCCGGGAGCCCGAAGAAGGACGGAGCGAAAUCAUCGUUUUUCUUCGAGAAAGUUGUGGUUUCAGGAGCGGAGGGUUUUACAGAUGCAGGGAAUGAUGCGAUCGAGUAGUAGCUCGUCGAACGCAGGUCUUUCGAGGUCUUGCUGCUGUCGGGACGGCUGGCGUCUUUCUGAGAGCGUCGGUGUCCGUUUUUCGCAGAGGAGUGAGCAGUUCUGUGACAGGGAAGCUACAUGUUGAUUAUGCGAGAAACGGGUGGUUCUGGAGGUUCGUGUGGAUUGGAGUGUUUGACAUUGGAGCCCACGGAAGGCGUAGGAUGCGGAGUAUGAGGGCUGGGAGGACACAAGAGCGGAAAAUUCUGGACACUAGGUGUAUGUCGGUGUACGCUUAGUUUCGUGACCUUCUCGUACCUUUUUAGGAGAUGGGUAACUUCACUAAAGCUCGAGUGGAGUGUCGAAGAAAGAAAGGAUGAGAAGCAAGAUGGAGUCGAUUUGUCCGAGGUUUUGUAGGGUUUCGCGUACGUAAUUACUUCAAGCAGGUGGGUUUUGGUGUAGGUACCAAGGAUGGCCGGGGACGGCAAUGAAGAAGGUCAGGGGGGAGAACCGCGGUUCACAACUUUGUUGCAUCCGAACAGAGAUUUGGCUACCAACUGGACGGUAGAUGUAGGGAAGCAGCUUGAGACUUACUUGGCUGAGCUGGCCUCAAUAGGCAUUUUUGACGAUGGUCAAUGUCCGCUCAACUUUGCCGAAGCGGCAUUGCUAAUCCAAGGCUCGAUUCAAGUCUACAGCAGAAAGGUCGAGUACCUUCAUGCACUGGUGUUACAAGCCCUUAACUUCCUCGGGCAAAAGAAGCAAGGAGAGGAUGGCAGCUCAUCUUCGCAAAAUGGCGACACUAAUGAGGACCUUGGGGAGGAGAAUGAAGAAGAAUUUCUAAAUUUGGACGACAUUCAUGAAGAAACAAAUAUAGACAUUUUGGAUGAAGGAGUUAGUUCAGUUCAUUCUGCUGUCAAAAUACCGGCAAGUCUACUCACCGUUGAAGCUGACCCUGUCGAUAUGUCUGGAGAAGCAGGAGAACUAGCUACCUAUGAGAUUGCUACCAGUACAAUGCACAGGAUGUUCCUGCUUCUGGACCCCUGUGAUUUGGAGACGGUCGACAGAUUUCUGGAUUAUCCUAAUGAAAGAGGUGAAAAGGGAGGAGUUCCUCCAACUCCUGGGAGUGCAAUUCCCCAAAAAACUCCAAGGACGCAGGUUCUAACUCCUUGUGGACGAACUGGAUCCGCCUUGAAGAGGGCAAAUCCUGGUACUCCAUAUGCCAGUGAGGGUGGAUGUGGUAUUAAUACUGAGAAUGAGUGGCAAGGAGAUGGUGGCUAUGGAGAUAUGAAUUGGGAUGAUCCCAACAAGGACCGACAAGAUGAGGUUUGCAGUGCUGCAGGUGAAGUAGCCAAGGGUGCACAAAGCGAUGAUUACGUUGACCCUUGGGCUCCUCUGAACCCUCACGAACCUGGCACGCUUCCCAUACAGCCUUUCAAAAAAGGGGUAACUCAAAGGAAGAAACCAAGAUUGAAAAAGGGACGGAACAUCCCUCCUGUGGCUAGUCGGACUGGCGUGUGUUUUCCUGAAUUUCUCAAGGCCUUGCAAGCCCGAGAGCGGGUGGAGAGGGCGGAUAGACGUCACUAUGGACUUGACGAGAUGCCCUCUUUCGAGAAUCUGCGAAGUUCCUUUCUAAAUUCGGACGCAGGACUGCCGGCUGAUGUGGCCAAUGAGCAAUUUGAUGUCUUUGGAGAUGAACCAGGAGAAUCUGAACUUGAACAUGAUAACAUAGCUGCCCCCGUAUUUGAAGAUCCAGAUAACAUUGAGAGUGUUACUUUGAAUACCUCCCACAUAUUUGAUCGUCCUGAUUCACCGCAGCAUGUUUCCAGGGCCACAGAUAACUCAAAUCCUGACUUGAACGUUCCAUGUUUUGAGGAUGGGAGAGGAGAAGAAGAACUUAGUUUUGAGGAACUAUGCCGAACACAUCUGGACUCAAUGCUUCGGAAGCUUUCUGAGGCACAUGUGAGGACAGGGUUGGCAAGCCGUGUGACCAAGUGGAAGAACAAAAUUGAAGCUACCCUUGUUGAACAGGAUUCUCGCCCUCCCUUUGAUAUCCAUGAGUAUGGUGACCGUUUGCUCGAAGAGCUUGCCACAAUAGCUGCGAGGAAAGAAGAGGAAGAAGAAAUUCAAGAGUCUUUCACCUACCUUGUUCGUGGACAAGAACGGGAUCAAGUGGCUAGAUCAUUUUCCGCUCUUUUGCAACUGGUCAACAACGGGAAUGUCACUAUUGACAAAGGUGAAUUUGGCAGUGAGAGCUACUGCUUUACAGGAGACAAGCCAUUUACGGUCAAACUCCUCACUUCACAAAAUCAACAUGAGGGAAUGUUCAAAAACAUGAUACCUGCCAAAAGUAAAAGUAAGGCGCCUCGACCUCACCAGUCGACCGACCGUUCUCGUGGUAAACAGCAGACGUUCCGUGUAGUGCAUGAGAAGUCCUCCUUAGUUUCUAAUCUUGGAAGCCCUGGGUGUCCCAGCGGUUCUCGGUCUUCAUUAGCGAUAUCUGUAUCCCCAGGUUCCGUGAGGAGUGGUCGAAAAAGAAGGCAAACGGUAAGUUCCAAACGCGGAAAUCCCGAGAAAGAAAAUAGAAUCUCAUCCACACCUCUCCAUACAACUCCUUCGAAACUGACACCCGACGGUAGACAUCGGAGUAGGAGAAAACCUCUGGUGAAACUUGUGCAGUAAUGUUGUAGAGUCAGCCCAUGUAUUAUUCGUAGAUAUGAAAAUGUAUACUACUCUCACUAGUCAAGCACAGAUACCGGGUAAGAAAGCCCUUUAUGUAGGCGAAUACCCCCAUUCACCGGGUUUCUUCUGUAUAUUAAACAAUUUAUCUAGGACAAAUUGGCAUUUGCCAGUCACUGCCAGAGCUCCUCAGGGCCAAGAAUAUUCAAUGUAGGCAGGAAGUGCAUUUAUUGAAUAAGUUUUGCCGAAGUUGAUGGGUUCAAU